AUGUUUCUACAAGUGACCCUGGAAGUCCCGUUAAAUGUUUGGUUACUGCAGACAGUCCCAAACAUGUGACAGUUCAAGCCAAUCCUGGUCUUGAUGUGAAUGAAAAUGUGUUGUUGACCCUGAGCUGUUCUGCUGAGUCCAACCCACCAGUGAGCUCUGUCACCUGGAGGAAGACGACUGAUGGGAGAGAGGAAAUCAUCCAACAGACUCAGACUCAGACCUUCAGGGUGAAUUCAGCCAGUCCCUCUGACAGUGGACUGUACAGUUGUGAAGCCACCAAUGACAUUGGAAGUGGAAAGUCACAGCCAGCUGAGGUUAAAGUCAGAUACCCGCCCACUGAACCUAUACUGUCUAUGAGGUCUGAGGUCACAGAAGGUCAGACCAUCACCAUCAGCUGCACUGUUGAAAGUUUCCCACAGUCAACUCUCACCUUGAUGAGGAUCAACAAAUAUCAUCAGACUUUAAAAGUCACUGAAAAUAAUCUUUAUUCACCACCCAUAAACUCUCUCUCCCACGAGUUUACUGUGACUUCAUCCUACGCUGGCUUGUACUUCUGCCGUGCCCAGAACAUUGAGGGCUCAAAGGACAGCAAGCAGAAGGAGUUGGUGGUGAAAUACAGUCCCAAACAUGUGACAGUUCAAGCCAAUCCUGGUCUUGAUGUGAAGGAAAAUAUGUUGUUGACACUGAGCUGUUCUGCUGAGUCCAACCCACCAGUGAGCUCUGUCACCUGGAGGAAGACGACUGAUGGGAGAGAGGAAAUCAUCCAACAGACUCAGACCUUCAGGGUGAAUUCAGCCAGUCGCUCUGACAGUGGACUGUACAGCUGUGAAGCCACCAAUGACAUUGGAAGUGGAAAGUCACAGCCAGCUGAGGUUAAAGUCAGAUUUUCUCCAAAACACACACACAUCAAGGAGUCGGCAGAGAGGGAGGAGCUUGACGGGAGGAGCUCCGUGAUGCUGAGCUGCUUCAGUCACAUCUUUCCCCCAGUUCAACUCUACUCAUGGUACAGGAGGAGUCCGGGAGAGGAAAAGGAUGAAAUUGUGUCCGAGCAUCAAAACCACACAGUGUACUCAAACCAGUCAGGAGUCUACUACUGCAUCGCACAAAACGAAGUAGACCAAAGUUUGUCUGAUCCCGUUCGUCUGUUUGAACGAGACUAUCUGGAGAACCUGAGGUUCCUCGUUGUUGCUCUUCUUCUCCUGAUGAUUAUCAGUGUAAUUGUUGUAAAUUUAAGAUACUGGAGGAAAUCUGUUCAACAAGGAACAGCAAAUACCAAAUCCCCUUCUGGUUUGUCGAAUGAACCAGAGAGCCUGCAGGACUAUGGUGACAUUGGUAAUGCAACUGCACGUGCACCAACAUCUCCAAAUCUAUUGGACGACCACACCAGUGAAGGUGAAGUGGAGCUGAACUUUCCACAGGUGAGAUUCACAGCGACGCCCCGACGUCAGACGACAAACAGAGACCCCAGCAGCUCACAUGAAGAUGAGAGUGUUUACUCUGACGUCAGGAUUUGACCCGAGAUGUUCUCGUCCUGCUUUUUACAGCUAACUCAGGCAUGAGGAAGUUUAUAUUCACAAUAAGUCAUCACAGAGAGUCUGAAGAGUUCAAAAAAAUAGGUCGUAGCUGUAAAUCUUCAUUAAUGUCAGCUGGUCAACAAACCUUCUGCAGCUACAACAAAACCCUGCGUGUUGCCAUCAGGAGUAUUUUAAAACUAGUUAGCAGGAAGGCACAGAAGUUACAUUACUGAGCUUAAAUAUAAUAUAUAAAUAUUAGAAAAUGUUAAUUAAAGGUUUUGGGGAAAACAGUGAGCAUAGCAAAAUGUGAGGGAUAAACUGUUAAAAUCCUAAUCUUGAAACUUAAAAUGUAAAUAUUGUGAGUGUAAAAUUAUUGUAUUAAUAACUUUUGAUACAAUCUCUCUAUAUAUAUAUAUAAAUGACAUGCUGUUAGACAAGAAAUGCUGAGAAUCACCGCUGAAUGUUUGUUUUUUUUACCUUUCCAGUGUUGUGAACUUAAUCCAAACCCAUACACUGAAAUGUAAAUAUCCUGUAUCUCAAAAUAAAAUGAAAUAUGUUUGAACAAAUGA